CAUGGAUGAGAGUGACCGCUGCCAUGUGCUUCAAUCAGUGUCUCGGCCUGAGCGCUCUGGGCCUGCGGCACUGGCGAUUGCCUUGGCGCGACUUAGUCGUCCCUCCUUCCGACCCCAAGCGCUGACAGUCGCCAUUGUAAGCGCUUGUGCAACUAGAAGUAGUAUUGCGGAUUCGCUGCCAGUUCUCACUCGACGAUCCCCGCGUCUCACGCGUCUCCCUGAGUAGACAGUGUCUACUUCCUUUCUCGUCGUGACCUCGCAUAGCAUAGUACCCUAGCCGCCCCAAGGCGCUCUCUGUUACUAGUGAGCUAGGAGCUCUACUCAGAAGAGCUAGAGGCAGGAGCUCGUAACUCACGUCUCGGUCGGACCGUUACGAAAUAGCGCAUUUCGCGGGCAUGAGCGCCGUCUCGGUGCCGCGCAGGCAGCUCGAGGGCCACGCGUUUCGGCACUUCGAUUCCCUGAUGUCUCCGCAAUUCCCGCCUGACCCCGCGGACUCGAGCCGCUUUCACGAAGAAGCGGGUUCCAUGGAUCCCGCGCCGCACGACGAUCGCGGCUAUCGACAUGUUUCUCGCCACGUCCGCCGGUUCAGCUCUCUCGAGGCAACCAGCAUGAUUGGCGGCGGCGGCAGCGGAGACGGAAGUGGCGACGUUUCUCGCCGUGCCCGGAGGAGCCGGCAGAUGUCGGCCGAUUUCGCCGCCGCAAGCGGAGGACAUUUCGGAGCUAAGGGCGGCGGGCUGUGCGGCGAAUUGUACGGCGAGCAGUCGGUGCUGCCAGUGGAGCGAUCGGUGCCAGCAGCGACAGCGGUUCGUGUGCCUCAGUCAGCCUCUCCCGAGCCCAAAAUCCCGACCUCGUUAGUGUCACCGUCACUUAAAUCACCUCUGCCGAAGUCACCUUUGCCCCACCAGUCACGGUCGCCGCAGCGCCAGCCACGCCGCUUUCACUCGAGCGACGCCAUCCCGCUACAACGGGGUAGCGCCGAGAAGAUCCCGCAACACCCGGAGAAGGCAUCGCCGGGAUCGCUGGGAAAAAGCAGCGUCAACCAGCACCGGCCGCGCCGCGUCUACUCGAGCGAUGCGAUUCCGCUGACUCGCGGCGCGGCGGGUGGCUUGCCGGCGACAUCUCCGCGCUCGAACACCCCCCCGCGAUCCCCACUCUCCCGUUCUCCCCUUCCGCGGUCCCCCCUUGCGCUGGCGUCUCCCCCAACUGUGCGCGGUUUUCCCGUAGCAGGGGGGAACUCGGGGAGCGCUGAGAAACUUCACAGCAAUAACCUGGAGAACGGCUUUGGCAGCACCAGCAGAAGCGAAAGCAGCAGCCGGCGAUUAAAGCGCGAUCAGCCGGUGUCGCGGGACGGAGCUACUAGCGCUGAGCUCAUCAUGGCUGCGAAAGUCACAGCGGCGGCACCGGCGCCUGCGCCGGACGUUCCGCUGGAUCUGCUGGCUUCCGCGCGCCAGCUGAUGGCGGAGUGCGAGGCGCGGGGAGUGCGCUGGGAGCUGCUGAACGCCGCGGGGCUGGGCGAGAAUUCCGCGAAGAACGACCGGGCGGCGAAGCGCCGCGAUGCGGCGCUGGCGAAGAUCGCCGCUUGUAACAUUCUACCUCCGACAGCAGAUACAGAUCGCGAGGAGGUCUCGAAAAAGGAGAAGCGCGAAAGGCGUUUCGGUCGUUUGCACCAACUCUUGAAACAGACGGGGGAGGAAGCGAGCAGUUCAAAUUGCAAUGGAGGCAUUUCUAGCAGGCAUCGUCGGCUCUUGAGUGUAGACCAAGAGGCAAUCGGGCGGGAGAAGAAGGAGAAAGCUAAUAGCGCGGAUGCGGUGACGAAUGGCGUUUUUCGCAACGCUAGCGGUGUAACAGGCUGUUACGCUGGUGAUUUGCGUUCGCUGCACGAAUUCGACGACGUGCCAAACCAACUGUUACAAAAAACACUUUUGUCUUCUGCGGGAACUUCUACGACGGCUGUGCAAACCGAAAGCGAGUCUACCUCAAACGAGAAUAUCGCAGCCACUUCUUCCGCUGCUUCCCCAAUCGCAGUUCCUGUUGCUCCCUCCGCGAAGUCCGCCCUCCCCCUCGUCCGCCUGCGCCAUGGCCGCGUGUCCUCCUGCUCCUCACUCCCCAUCUCCUCCGCCCUGGUUUCCGCGUUCCCCGCUUCCCCGCUUUCCCCCUCCCCGCUAUCCCCCUCCCCGCUUUCUCCCUCCCCGCUUUCUCCCCUUUCCGCCGCCUCCCCUUCCUCGCGUGUUCUCCCCGCGUCUGCUGCGCCCUCUCCCGCGCAGCAGCAGCUGCAGCAGAAUUCGCACCUGAAGCAGUCGCGCGUUUUGGGGAAGCAUGGGAGCCUGGAGCAACUAUCAGGGUUUUUUUCAGGUGUGCUGUCCCUUUCUCGGGGCAGCAGCGGAAGCGGCUGCACCAAUAGCGGAAGCAGCAGCCCCUGCCCCGGCUCUCCGGGCAGCUUUGUUGAAAAUUCGCCUGCAGGCAGCGCGGUGAAAGAUGCACCAGUGGGUUUUUUCCAUCGCACUGCCCGAGAGGCCCUGCUGCAGUCCGGGCAGGGGAGGAAAGCUUUGAAGCCGGCCGAUUUCUUGCUUCGGAUGCCCUACGAAGACAUCAAGGGUCGGUAUUCGCUCGGGAAGAAGGAGAUUGGCGACGGCAGGUUCGGGUCGAUCCGAACCUGCUUGGAGCGGAGCACUGGGAGCUUCUACGCUUGCAAGACAAUCUCAAAGAAAAUAAUUCAGAGUAACGAGGAAGCAGAGGACGUGCGGCGUGAAGUGACGUUCCUCGCCAUGCUGAAAGGCCACCCCCAUAUAGUCACACUCAAGGAGGCGCUAGAGGACAAAAAGGCCAUCCACCUCAUCAUGGAGCUCUGCCCGGGCGGUGACCUCUUCGAAAGAAUCAAGUCCCGAGACCAACUCUCUGAACCCGAAGCGGCUCUGAUCCUUCGGCAGCUUCUAGAAGCACUCAUCUACACCCACUCCAUGGGGAUUCUACAUCGCGAUGUGAAGCCCGAAAACAUCCUCCUUACAAGCCCCUCCAGCUGCACGCCUAUAAAGCUCAUCGAUUUCGGCGUGGCUACAGUGUUGGCGGCUGGUACGCAGUGCACCGAGAUGGCGGGAACCCCAGAAUACAUGGCACCAGAGGUUUAUGAUGAGGAAUAUGGGACAGGAGCGGACGUGUGGGGUGCGGGAGUGUCUCUCUAUGUGAUGCUGUCGGGCAUUCCGCCCUUUUGGGAGUCGACGAAUCGGAGUCUGGAGCAUGCUAUAAGGAGCAAGAAGGUCUCGUUCAAGCACUGGAAGUGGGCGGGCGUGUCGGUGGAAACGAAGGAGCUUAUAACAAGGAUGCUUGAGAAGGAUCCGAGAAAGCGCAUCACGGCUCAAGAGGCUCUAGAGCACCCCUGGAUUGCUAAGAUGGCUCCAGCAACAGCAUAAGCUAUUUCAGCAUGAACGACUUCACAGCCGGUUUUACAAUGUCGCCGUUUUUACAAUGUCCUUAUUAACGGCGGGCGAGCAAGGGGGUUCCAUUUAGUGGUGCUAUCCCAUUUUAUCAUCAUUUCGCAAUGAUGGUAUGCUUCCCUUUUCGUCCAGUUGUGCUUGGACAGUACAUACUGGUGGUUAGCUUCCCUCCCAUCUUGUGUAGAAUGUGUAUACUAGUUUUUCAUUGCAGCAUGUCACAUUGCACAAUAUGUAUGUAGGUACCGUAUGUCACAUUCUGCUGUUAUUAGUGCAUGCUAUGUGUG